CUUUCGACGAAAAUUGAUCAUAGAGAAGUCUACCUUGUAGACCUCUCUCUCAAAUUCGAUUCCCAUUUAUUGUUUACCAACAUCAAUUAUGCGUCUCUCUCGUAGUCCUACCCCUUUUGUUCUCCUCCUUCUCGUUGUUGUUGCACCAGCGGUAUCGGCUGAUGUAGCUAUCUUGAGAACGGAUUAUUACCAAAAAACAUGCCCCGACUUCAACAAAAUCGUGCGUGAAGCCGUUUUAACCAAGCAAUCUCAACAGCCGACAACUGCUGCCGGAACACUCCGUCUCUUCUUUCACGAUUGUUUCCUUGAAGGUUGUGAUGCGUCUGUUCUGAUAGCGACCAACUCGUUUAACAAAGCGGAACGUGAUGAUGAUCUUAACGACUCCCUCCCAGGAGAUGCUUUCGACAUUGUCAAUCGCAUUAAGACAGCUCUCGAGCUGUCUUGUCCUGGUGUUGUGUCAUGCGCUGAUAUUUUAGCGCAGGCAACGCGUGACCUUGUCACAAUGGUAGGAGGACCUUACUUCGAUGUAAAGCUUGGUCGUAAAGACGGACUCGAAUCCAAAGCCCAUAAAGUCCGAGGAAACGUCCCGAUGCCUAACCAGACGGUCCAUGACAUUCACGGGAUGUUCAAGAAAAACGGUUUUAGUCUACGUGAGAUGGUAGCGUUAAGCGGAGCUCACACAAUCGGAUUUUCUCACUGCAAAGAGUUUAGUGACCGUCUCUACGGGUCAAAAGCUGAUCCAGAAAUCAACCCGCGAUUCGCAACCGCUCUGAAAGAGCUAUGCAAAAACCACACCGUGGACGACACAAUCGCAGCGUUUAACGACGUGAUGACUCCGGGAAAAUUCGACAACAUGUACUUCAAGAACCUAAAACGAGGACUAGGGCUAUUAGCUUCCGACCACCUCCUUAUUAAAGACAAUAGUACGAAACCGUUCGUUGAGCUUUACGCAACUGACGAGAAAGCAUUCUUUGAAGAUUUCGCAAGUGCGAUGGAGAAACUUGGUACGGUUGGUGUUAAGGGGAAUGAAGAAGGAGAAGUAAGACGUAGGUGCGACCACUUCAACAAUCUAAACGUAUAAGCAAAGGAAAAUACGAAAACAAAAUGAUAAUAUUUAUGUUAUUUAUUUGCGGAGAGAAAGGAGAAUUGUGCAGAAGAAAGGUUUCGUUGGUAUUAUAUGUGUUUAAAACUAUGUAUCGUAAGCAAGGUACUGUAACAAUUCAAUAUAAGAUGUUUGUUUUUUCAUGAAAUUGUUAACUGUUAUCUAAAAUUAUAUUAUACAUAGAUGUAUCGAACUAUUGUAGUUUAACAUACAUUGUAUUAAAUUAUUCUGUUAGCAAUAUACACCAAUUAAAUUACUCUGUUAGCAAUGAUAGUAAGGCAAAGUAACAGAAUCACGACUAUAGGAGUUUUGAAGUAUAGGUUGCUGUAAAGAAAUGGAAUAAGAAUAGGAGUAGAAGUCUAUUUAGCUUAAAGUCUCACUUGAUGUAAAAAGAUUUUUUUUUUGAUGAAUAAAAUUUAACAUUCAUUAAAAAAACAGAAUCAUGACUAUAAAAUCAUAUGUUUGAUAAAACUAUUAGGUCUCCAAAAACGGUAUAUAUAUGCAAACGUAAAUGGGCUGCAAAUUAAUGAGUCAGAUGUUUAUAGAAUACAAAAAUUCGAGGAAUUUUUUGCUUUGAAAUUAAGUUUCUUACCUUUCACCUUAUUGUUUUUACAAAUCAUUCUAAGAGAUAUAUUCAAAACCUAUCGCAUAGUGUUUUCUUUGAACUUUGGAAAGCAAACUAUAUGUUCAUGUUCAAGGAAUUUAAAUGACGAGUCAUAUAAAAUAGUUUUGUAAUGAAGAAAUAAAUAGACCCACAAACUAAGAUUGACCCAGGAAAUAAGGCAACGAAGCAAGUGGAGUGCCGAAGCGACACAUGAGCAAUCUAAAAAAGGAUGUGGUUACGCCCACCUUAGCAGAUUUUUUUUUUGCUUAUAUAUGGGAUCACAAGUUACCAUCACACGACUCAUAAAAAACACACAAUGAAAAUGUUGAUGAACCUCGUUACGUUUGUUCUUCUCUUCAAUGGUUGCGCGGCCAACAAAGUGGCAGAUGCUCUGAUUCAAAAAUCUUGCAAGGAUGUUCCAAAGUUUACAGGUUUGGUAAGCCAAUGGCCAAAUUUCGAAAAGGAUUGCGUUGCAUCUUUCAAAAAGAAUCCGGAGAGCCAGAAAGCGAGAAAUAUCGAUGAUUUGAUCAUGGUAGGAGCAAAUAACGCCAUCUCAUACUUAAAGAACGUGAAAAGAAUUGUGGAGAAGAUUAUAAAAGAGAGGAAAUAUAAGAGUAGUCUUAGUAAGAAGUCGUUAGAAGAUUGCCUCAAACUUUACUCCAAGAGCUCUCACUUAUUAAUCUCAGGUUUGAGUUACCUCAAACAGGGGAAUUUCGAUGAGGCUAAAAAUGCUUUUAAAGAUGCACAGGAAGCACCGAUAUUUUGCGAAUUGAAAUUCAACGGCGACAAUCAACAAAUAUC